AUGCACCUUUUCUCUUGUUGUGUACCCUACUUCGACAGUUGCUUGGAAUGUAUACAAGGACCGUCCUUCUCAGCGACAGCUUCCUAUUCACAGUUGACCGUUCCGCUACCACCUACGAAUCGGCUUGAUGUCACCAAAUGUGGAAAAGAUGUCGUCAUUCUCAAGGAAGGAGAACGAAUAUGUGGUACUGGUGGUGCUUUGGGAACUUUGCCUAUUGUACAAAAUAAGGCGUACUUCCAGGUCAAUGUACAACAGAACGGCGCCUUCGGAAUAGGACUAGGUAACUCUCACGCAAAUCUUGAUGCGGUGCCAGUCACAAGCAACUUCUGGGGAAUCCGAGACAAUGGUGACGUGGUGGCAAAUGGAACAGCCAUCGCUAAACUUAGCAAGAUUGUUUCCGAGGGCGAUUGCGUCGGAGUAUGUUUCGAUCAUGUUGAACUGAAAUUCUUAUUAAAUGGCGAGCCACUGGAGCCCAGCAUAACAGGUGUUAAAGGACCGGCGUACCCCCUUGUCUACGUAGACGAUUCCGCCAUUUUAGACGUGAAAUUUAAGAAGUUUACAGAAGAUCCGCCGAGUGGGUACAGUGAAAUACUUGCUGAGCAGACGUUACUCUAA